CAUCUGAUGUAGUUAAUUUCAGGAAAUACUUUUUUUGCAAACAGUGAAGUUACGGCUACAAAUAAUUAACGUACAUUAUACUUACUUUAUUCAUUGAAUUUUAAAAUGGCUGAUCAAAAUCAAAAUGAACAUGAGUUGUCAUUUGAGGCUCACAACGAUGUUGCUAAACUUGUCAUCUGUGUAGUUAAACAUCCGUUUGAUUUAGCCAAGACUCUCAUUCAAAUUGGAUAUGAACCAUUACCAUCUUUUCCAACUCGUAACAUUUUUGGACGACCUAAAAUUGGACUUCCCGGUGCAUUAUCUUACCUUGGCUUUGUUUUCAGACACGAAGGGGUAACAGGAAUAUUUAGAGGUCUCCCUUACAAUGUCAUCGAUUAUUUCAGUUAUAGAUAUACUUACAAUUAUAUUGAAAAAAACGUUGGUAAAUACUGUCCUUACUUGCAGAUUACCACUCCAGAUUUAUCCGAGGAUAGUGCCGAGGUGACUACAACUGAAUAUCAACCAGCACCCAAUUUAAUUAUAAAACUGCAUAAAGAUGGACGAAGACAAAAUGUUCCCAUUGACUUUUCAAGUAGCUUUGACGAGCUAACUAGAGUUGUUGCCAGAGAUGGACUGUGUAUAACUGGUGCACUUGUAGCAUCUUAUCCUUUCCAUGUUCUGUUGAUUCGCAAUUUCGCAUCUUUUGUUGGCAAAGAAACAGUUUAUGAUUUCCCUUUCUCUGCAAUCAAAGAUAUUGUUAAUAAUGAAGGAUUACUUGGGUUUUAUUCUGGUUUUGUACCUAGAUUGAUCGGUGAACUUUCGUGUCUUGUGGUAACUAAAAGCAUCAUCAUUCUUCUUAUUAAGCCUUAUUUUAAUACACCCGAGUAUAGCUCUAUCCUUACUACAAUUGUUAACUUCAUAGUCCCUGCUGUUCUUUAUCCCUUCAAUCUGGUUUCUACUGUCAUGGCUGUUAAUGGCUGUAAGUCUAUCCAAGCUGCCAAUCUUGAACCCGAAUUCAUCAGUUGGACUGAAUGCUGGAAUCAUCUUAGUUCCAUGGGUAACCUUAAAAGAGGUUCUUCAAUCAUCUGGAGAUUUCAAACCUUACCACCUUCAGGAACACCGCCUAGACCAGAUGGAUUUUCAAGUUAUGGUUCGUUGAAAAAGAGUUGGUAGUAAAAUAUAUCAUCUACCCCACUUUAUGUGUAGAUUCAUUAAGCUUGUCAAUUGCCACAUUUGUUUAUCGAUCUCAGAAUGAAAAAAAUGAUUCAUCAUGUGUUACAUAAGUUACUGAGUGCACAAUAGAUAAGAUGCAAAUAAAAAUAAUUAGCCUUACUGAGCGAAAUGUAUUACUGUACGCAACUUUCACCAAUUGAAAGCUGUAUCAAAUACACAAUCUAUUAAUAAGAUUAAAAUGUUUUAAUGAAAAUUAA